AUGUCGCAACAUUCAGUCCAAUACGACGGCAAUGGCCUCAAGAUCAUCAACGCAAGCCUCUUUCGCAUGGGCACCAAAUCGAUGGCCAUGGCAUACCAGAUCCUAGGCUUCAAGACACAUCACGGACUGCUAGAAAGCGUCAUGGACAGCCCGUGGACACAAAUAGAAGAGGCGGCCGAAGCCACCUGGCCGGGGGUCCCAGGCGGGACGCCUCGGCCGCCCUACCAGCGCAAGGACUGGGACGCGCUCUGGGGCGACAAGUACGACGCCGUGACAGACCUGGCCUCGCCGUUUGCGCUCGAGCUCAUUGACGCGUAUCCCGAGGCCAAAGUCGUCGUGGUCCAGCGCGACUUUGACACGUGGUGGCCGACGUUUCAAUCACAGAUUCGGGACAAGGUCAUGUUGGAGCCCAACUCGAGUUUCCACGCCUUUAUCACUUGGUGGUUCCUGGGCAUUAGACCUGUACAUGCCAUGUGCAAGGUCAUCUUGGGCUUCUUUGGUGCUCGGACUAGAUUGGAGGUGGAUGCUGACUGCGCCCGGGCUGCCUAUGAUGCCUAUUUUCGGGAGAUUAGGGCGCGAGUGCCGCUGGAGAGGAGGCUAGAGUACAAGUUGGGUUCUGGCUGGGAGCCUCUUUGUGCGUUUUUGGGUGUCAAUGUGCCGAAUGAGGAGUUUCCAAGUGCGAAUGAGAAGCAGGAAAAUAGUAAGGAGUCGAGGGCAAGAGAAAACACUUUUAUCGUCAAGAGUAUCAAGGUCUCGGCACCUUGGCUACUUGCAGUUGGUGCAGCUUGGGCGGCUUGGGGUUACGCGAAAUGA